AUGAGGUGGAGCAAGGUGACAGCGAAGAGAAGGAAGGAUACCAGCCAUGAGAUAUUCCAAAUGGAAGAAAAUCAGUAUGUUACGUCUGAGAUUAGCAAUGGAAUCAUACGAUAUCACAGAGAGCUUCCACCAUCUCAGCAUUUGCUUCAAAUAAACUCAUAUUCUUCACUGUCAGCUAGUAAGCUUGAUGAACAACUUAAAUCUGGUGUAUUUGAAUCUGGUGGUUACAACUGGAGGAUGAUUGUGUAUCUUCGUGGACAUAGUGAAGCCAACAAGGAUAAAUAUAUCUCACUGUACUUGGCAGUAGCAGAAACCCAAGAUGAUGAACUCCCUGUUGGUUGGGAAGUUUGGGUUAAUUUUAAUUUGUUUGUUCAUGAUCAGACCAAUGAUAAGUACUUGGUCGUUCAAGGCUCUCAAAAUAGGUUGAAGCGUUUUUGUUCGGCUAAAAGUGAAUGGGGAUUUGAUGAAUUUCUUUCAAUGGACUCAUUUAAAGAUACAAAAAAUGGCUAUCUUGUGGAUGAUUCUUGCACGUUUGGAGCUGAGGUCUUUGUAGCCAAAUGUUCUGGAAAAAGGGAAUGUGUUUCCACAGUCUUAAAGCCUCCAUCAUAUGAGACUUACAUAUGGAAGUUAGAGAACUUUUCACAAAUUAAGACUGAUUUUUGUUAUUCUGAGUCUUUUACUGCUGGAGGCACAAAAUGGAAGCUGAAGUUUUAUCCGAAAGGUGAUAAGGGUGGCAGAAAUGGGUUUGUGUCUAUUUUUCUGGUUUUGGAUGAAACUCAAAUAUCGGAGAAGUGGUAUGCUGAAUCCACAUUACGAGUCAGGAAUCAACUAUCUACACUGAGAAAUAGGGUAGCGAAUGGUGGAAAGUGGUUUAGGUAUUGGUUCAGUUACUGGGGAUUAAGUGAGUUCAUAUCGGUGCAGGAACUUAAAGAUACAACAAAAGGCUUCUGUGUGAAUGAUACUGUCAUUAUUGAAUGCCAGAUUUCACUCAUAAUCCAAGCUCAACUUCAUGAAGAUUGA